AUGUCUGACAAACUCAAUAUGGCUGAGAUUGAGAAAUUCGAUAAGUUGAAAUUGAAGAAGGCAAAAACACAAGAGAAAAAUCUAAUGCCUUCAAAAGAAAUGACUGAACGGGAGAAGCAAUCAGGCGAAUCUUAA